AUGGGUCCAUUGCAAUUUGAUAAUCCGUCUGACGAAUUGGAAUAUUUUUUGAAAACACUUGAAAAAGAUUCGAUUUUUAAUAUGACAACCAAUCAAGUUCCAAUUGCAAUUGCUCAUGAAACAGAUGAAAUUGCUAUUUUCUUUUCGAAACUUCAUAAUGAAGAAUAUCGAAAAAAUGCAUAUGAAAUUUUAUUAGAAAGAAAACGUAAGAAACAAGAAGAAAUCGAAGUUUGUCAAGAAGAAAUUGAAAUAAUUGAUGAUAUUUUAAAAUUUAUUCAACAAAGUUCAAUUGAACAAAACAAUAUUUCAAAUACACAAAAUAUUUUAUAUUUCGAUGAAACACCAAUAAUGGAAAGUUUUCCAGAUGAAUUUAUUCUAUUAGAUGAAAAUACUUUUGAAGAUUGUUUUGAUGAUGAUUCAUUAAAUUCGUAUCUUUUCAUCACACCAACACCACCAAAUACUCAACAAUCUAACAAUGUUCAUCCAUUAAACGAUCCAUUUUCCUUAUUCUCAAAUGAUCAAUUCUUAUCAGAUGAUUUUUUCUUUUAA